ACAUCUUUGGUGAAACUUCCUUCCUCAAUUGGGAAUCUUAAAUUGUCUCAACUGGAUCUUACUAACUGCUCAUCGUUGGUGGCACUUCCUUCCUCAAUUGGGAAUCUCACUGCAAUGUAUGAAUUGGUGCUUACGGGAUGCACAUCUUUGGUGAAACUUCCUUCCUCAAUUGGGAGUCUUAAAUUGUCUCAACUGGAUCUUACUAACUGCUCAUCGUUGGUGGCACUUCCUCCCUCAAUUGGGAAUCUCACUGCAAUGCAUAAAUUGUUGCUUACUGGAUGCACAUCUUUGGUGAAACUUCCUUCCUCAAUUGGGAAUCUUAAAUUGUCUCAACUGGAUCUUACUAACUGCUCAUCGUUGGUGGCACUUCCUUCCUCAAUUGGGAAUCUCUUUGCAAUGCAUAAAUUGUUGCUUACUGGAUGCACAUCUUUGGUAAAACUUCCUUCUUCAAUUGGGAAUCUUAGCAGACUGGGUUCAUUGAAUCUUUCGGGAUGCACAUCUUUGGUGACACUUCCUUCCUCAAUUGGGAAUCUCAGCAGACUGGGUUCAUUGAAUCUUUCGGGAUGCACAUCUUUGGUGACACUUCCUUCCUCAAUUGGAAAUCUCAGUAAACUGUAUGAACUGGACAUGUCGAAAUGCUCAAACCUUAAGUUUCUGCCAGCUGAUGUCGACUUGGAAUCUCUUAAACUCCUCAAUCUUAAUGGAUGUUCAAAGUUGAGAACGUUUCCUUGUAUAUCAAGGAACAUCACACGGCUUUACCUAGAAGAAACUGCAUUAGAAGAAGAAGAUAGUUCUUGGAUUGAGAAUAUCCCUCACCUUACACAACUCUGUUGGGAAGAUGUUCCAUUGAGUUGUAUGCCAUCUAAUUUCAACCCAAAAGAUCUGGAGUACCUUAAAUUGAGAGGUGGCAGGCUUAAGAAGAUAUGGGAAGGGGUCAAGUCGCUUGAAAAACUCAGGGGGAUGAAUUUGUCAGGAUGUGAAAGCCUCGUUGAAAUUCCAGAUCUUUCAAUGGUCAUCAACCUUAAGGGUUUGGAUCUCAAAAAUUGUAAAAGCUUGGUGAUGCUUCCUUCUUCAGUUUGGGAUCUCUACAAACUCAGUCACUUGAACAUGGAAGGGUGCACAUCGCUCGAGGUUCUACUACCAGUCGACAUCAACUUGGUUAAUCUUUUUGAACUCAAUCUUAGUGGAUGUUCAAAAUUGAGAGAUUUUCCUCGGAUUUCAACCGGCAUUAUUCAUCUCUAUCUAGAUGACACUGCGAUUGAAGAGAUUCCUUCCUGGAUUAAGAACAUGUCUCGUCUCAGGGAACUAACAAUGCGACGGUGCAAACAUUUAAAGAAUAUCUCCGCAGAGAUUUUUAAAUUUGAAAGUCUUUCGGCGGACUUUUCAGACUGUGGAGGAAUCACCACAAUCUGUGAUCACUUACCAAGAUGGCCACACUUUGAUAUCUUUAACUUUAUUUCUUUAUUUAGUUCUUUCAGAUUUCCGCAAGGGGCUUCUUUCAAGUUCUAUAAGUUCUUCAAUUUGGAUGGAGAUGCGCAAGAAAUCAUUAUACAAUCACACUCAAAGAUGGACAUUAUACCAGGUGGAGAAGUGCCUACGUAUUUCACACAUCGAGCUUGUGGAAGUUCCCUAAGUAUCCUUUUGCCUGAGAGCUCUCUUUCUCAAGAAUCUAUAAUUGUUAAAGCUUGCAUCGUAGUUGGAUCUUCACGCAACUUGUUGAGAGUUCGUCAGUCAUUUCGAGGCCAAAAACAAGAGUUUCUUUAUGGUCAUAAAGAUUACUCGUUCUUGUAUGAGAUGGAUCAUCUGGUUUUGCUCAAUUUAGAUUUACAAAUAAAUCGAGUGGCUAACUCGCCAUCUGAACUAAACAACAACGUUCUACUACUUGAGUUUUAUAACCGCCAUUAUGAUGAAUAUGUUGGAGGGUGUUCUUGCGGCAGCUAUGGCUGCCGCAAACAAAAUCCGACCCUUGAAGAGAUAAAAGGGUGCGGCGCACGAGUCAUGAAUAUCUCAGAAACAGACUUUAGAGAAAGUGAUGAAGAGAGCAGCAGAAGCAAGAAGAAUAUGCGGAUGACAGUUCAAGAAGAUUCCAACUCUAUGUACAUCCAAACUGAGGUGAAUUCUGGACUGGUGGCGAAUUUGGACCUUUUCAUGGGGCUGGUUGGAGCAUCUGGUGAUGAAGAAAGUGACAAAGAAAGUGAUGAAGAGAGCAACAACAGCGAUGACACGGAUGACAGUUCCAACAUCUCAAGAGCAUUUCAACUCUUUUUCCAUCCAAACUGCAGCGAAUUCUUGGCUCCCAAUUUGGACCUUCUCAUGGGGUUGGCUGGAGCAUCUGGUGAGGUAUCUUCUGGAAGAAAAAUGCCCUCACCUUCAAGGAACUUCUGUGGCGAUGCAUCAUCCUCUUUUCACCCGUGUCUUGGAGGUGAAUCUUUGCAUUUUGAAUAAUCGAAUAACAAAACAAGGGUACAUCCGAGGAGGAUCAUUCGUUUUCUCCACAGCUUAAUGAUUCUUUCACUCAUGGGCCUUGAGGGAGUUCAGAGGAGUCUCUUUGAAGCCCCCACAUCACCAUAAUCAUCAUCAUCAACCACACUCGACACUCCUCUCAAUCUUGAUCUUCAUCCUCAUUACAAGAAUUCAUUGUUCAUGUUCAUGUAGAAUUUUAGUGUAAAACAAUCACACAGUUUAUCAGCAAUAUAUCGCUCAGCGUCAAAGGCCGGG